GUUAUAAAUUAGGUGCACUCAGUGGCAUAUGGCUGGGGUAGCAUUAUGUAGGAGGUGUUAUAAGAACGUGGAAGAAAGAACCAAUGAACUUCACAAGGGAAUUUGGGAAGGUGCCACAAGUGGAUCAAUAUUUGAGCUGGUUUUGGAGGUGCGUGAGUGUUGGGGAUGUGGCGUGAGGGAGAGCAGCCUGGACAGUGUCAGAAGAGAUGGGACUUAUUUCCAGACAAAGCUAUGUUCAAAGGAAGGCACAAAUGCAGUGACACAGUACGUUUGGGAAAUGUCAGAACAUUGCAGGCAUAACGAAGGGGAUUGGACAGGUGUUCAUAUCGUCAUUUCCUUGGAGAUUACUGCAGAUGCUCAUGUCCGAGGUUACGUUGGAGAAAAGAUCAAGUUGAGAUGCACCUUCAAGUCAGCUUCUCAUGUUACAGACAAACUGACCAUAGACUGGACGUACCGCCCUCCCAGCAGCAGCCGCACAGAGUCUAUUUUUCAUUAUCAGUCUUUCCAGUACCCAACCACAGCAGGCACAUUUCGGGAUCGGAUUUCCUGGGCUGGAAAUGUCUAUAAAGGGGAUGCAUCCAUAAGUAUAAGCAACCCUACUUUAAAGGACAAUGGGACAUUCAGCUGUGCUGUGAAGAAUCCCCCAGAUGUGCACCAUAAUAUUCCCCUGACGGAGCUAACGGUGACAGAAAGAGGUUUUGGCACCAUGCUCUCCUCCGUGGCCUUGCUUUCCAUUCUCGUCUUCAUUCCGUCGGCGGUGGUGGUGGUUCUGCUGCUGCUGAGAAUGGGGCGGAAGGCGGCAGGGCUGAAGAAGAGGAGCAAGUCUGGCUAUAAGAAAUCGUCGAUUGAAGUUUCAGAUGACACUGACCAGGAGGAAAAAGAUGAGUGCAUGGCAAGGCUUUGUGUCCGCUGUGCUGAGUGUCUGGAUUCAGACUAUGAAGAAACAUACUGAUGAAAGUCUGCAUGGUAGAAGAGUUACCUGAUAACAGAAAAUAUCCCAUUCCACUGGCUGCUAAAGCCUCAGGGAAUGGAACUGGCCCGGAUAAUGCUGAUGGAAGAUUCUGGAGGUCCUCUGUAAAGACCUUAGGAACCAUUUAUUUAUUGAAGAAGUGUUCUUUUUAUAUUUAUAAACUGUUUAGAAACUCUGAGAAGAGACUAAUGACUUCCCCUUUUGUUAUGCUCUAAUUGAAUGAAGACAUUCUUCUCCUGAACAGAAAGAUAAGUUUUGGUUUACCUUCACCCUUGAAUGUAUUGCAUGUUUUCAUCCAGUAAUUGAAGGAGAAUCCUAAAUGUUUGCCACACUGCUGGUGCCAAAAUAAUAUUUUUUAUUUUUAACAAAGUGGAACUUGACACUUCCUAAUGAUGUGCUAUCAGAUAAAAUGUUUAUUUGGGAUAGAUGCCCUUUGCUUUUUGCUUCAUGAAGAUUUUCAGCUGUGAUUUAGUCUACAGUAUACAUAAAUACUUGGUUUAAUGAUCUCAUCAUCAGUUGUAUUUGGGUGACUUGGAGUUCAUCACUCUAAUUUCCUUAAAAUUGGUAGGAUCAGGCAUCAUUGGUUUGCUUUGAUUAUUAUUAUUAUUUUUUUCUUUUUUGGUACCAGGGAUCAAACUCAGGAUCUUGCACUUGAGAGGCGGCCACUGAGCCAAAUACCUGGCCCUUGAUUAGAUUUUUAAAGUAUUAAAUAAAGUGUCAUUAUUUUACAAUUAAGGAAGAGAAUGGUGAGUCACAGAAAUUCUUUUCCUUUCUCUGGCUAGGUGCAAUUUGAGUCAGACUCUUAGUUAUUUUACUUUCCUAUAGCUGACUAAUUUGUGGUAUGGUUCUUGAUUUGUUUGUUUGUUUUUUGAGACAGGGUGUUGCUAUGUAGUCUAGGCUGGCCUUGAACUUG